UACGCUGGUACCGCCAAACCUACCAAACUCACAUGGCGACGUCGCGCCAGGAGUCCCAACUCCAGAUCGUGGAUGCGCAUCAAGCGCUUCAAGUGGGCGACGAAUGGUCUUCCGAGAGAUUGGUGCUGCAUGUGAAGAACAUUGUCGGCACGAUCGACGUCAAGACGCCACUGGACCUCAAGACGAUUGCGCUGCAUGCACGAAAUGCCGAGUACAACCCCAAGAAAUUCGCUGCCGUGAUCAUGCGGCUACGUGACCCCAAGACAACAGCGUUGAUGUUUUCAUCAGGAAAGAUUGUCAUCACAGGAGCAUCCACAGAGGCCAACUGCCGGCUCGCGGCAAGAAAAUACUGCAGGGUUCUGCAGAAACUCAACUUUCCCGCGCAGUACGACAUGUUUAAGAUUUGCAACAUCAUGGGCACGAGCGACGUCAGGUUCCCCAUCCGCCUCGAAGGGCUGCUCAACGACCAUUCUCGCUUCUGCACAUACGAGCCCGAACUGUUCUCGGGCCUGAUCUUUAAACUGGUGGACCCCAAGUUAACAUUCCUUAUUUUCGUGUCGGGGAAGCUUGUCAUCUGUGGCGCCAAGGCCACGCACGACAUGCACACUGCGCUGGAGAAGAUGUAUCCGUUGCUGCUGGGGUAUCGCAAGAUGGCCCCGGCACCGUCGUUGGAGCCCGUGGAUUUCCAAGAAGACGCAGAUACGGAUCACCAGCAUUGAUCACAAGAGUCAUAACGUUAGCUCCCGUGGUUGUAGUCAAUAGAAUCGUAGUUCCUUGCGUGUGUGUCGUCUGUCCAUCUUCGUCUCAACCAAGUACCAUGAUGCAUCUUCCUUUCUCCUUGUCGCCACCGACAACAUGGCGCCCGUCUCGGCCAUGGAUCUGCGCUUCCG